AUGAAUUAUUUAUUAAUUGUUCUUGUGACUUGGGGAUUUUUUGUGAGUUCUUUGUGUAUUGAAUCUCCAUUUUCGAAUGGAGAGGAACCUGGGACUAACAGUUCUGUGUUCAGAUUUGAAGAUCAACGUUAUGUAUUGGAAGUGUACCAAAAUGCCACGAGGAAGCAAGAACUCCAGGAGAUGUACGAAAGGCAGCUUUUUGAACUUGGAAUUAUCAUGGAACCUGGUGAUAUCGCAUAUCACAGUCUGAGAAAUUUCAGACUUCCCUUGCCUGCGAGUAUCCCAGAAGCUUUCCGCACCUCAAAGAUCCUCCUGAAAUCCUCGGCAUUCCUCCAUUUAGUCUUCUACAGAAAUGUGACAAAAAGGGAUCUAUCCGAGAAGAAUUUCUAUCAGUGGCUCUAUGACCUCAGCCGAUACCUUCCUCCAAUCGCGGACACAGCUAGAUGGACCGUCGAAUGUGAUCCUGAAGCGCCUUAUCGCUCAAUUAAUGGAACUUGCAAUAGCCUAACGAAUCCCUUGGCAGGGAGUACCCUUACGACCUUUUCUAGAAUCACUCUACCCUGGUACUAUGACGAUAUUCAUGCAAUAAGAAAGGGAUCAGACUUGCGUUUACUGGCAGCACCUCGCAACAUUGUUGUCUACCUUUUUCGCAAUCGCAAUCCUUACGAGGAUAGUGUUGAUAAAUUGGACUUAAGUAGAAUGCCAAACAUUGCAAGUUUGAUGUUUGGUCAAAUCAUUGCCCACGACGUAGCUCAACAAAUUCACACACAAAAUUUAUUUUCCGACGAUGGAAUUCAAUGCUGUGAUAGGAGGAACUCUAGGGUCUUAUCGCCAUACGAACGAAAUCCUGCUUGCAUCCCAAUUGAGAUCAGUCCACGAGAUCCUGACUACCAAGCUCAUUCAAUCGGUUGCGUGAAUCUCCUUCGGUCAGAGACUAUUUCACCUUUCGGAAGAACCCUAUCAGCUGCCCAGCAAGUGAAUCAUGCGACCGCAUAUUUUGACUUAUCAAACGUUUACGGAGGGACUGAACUAGAUUCAAAUAACCUGAGAACCUUCGAAGGUGGUAGACUGAUAAUGAAUGAAGAUAAUAUUCUCCCUGAGGUUCCUGAUUGCACCUCAAAUGCCUGCUACCUUACUGGAGAUACUCGUGUCAAUGAGACACCCUUCCUGACCAUCUUUUCAUCCCUUUUCUUCCGACACCACAACCGACUAUGCCUGAUUUUGUCCACCCUGAAUUCCCACUGGGACGACGAAAGACUGUUCCAAGAAGCUAGACGCAUCUGCAUUGCUCAAUAUCAACACGUGAUCUUAAAUGAAUUCGUUCCAUCUUUCUUUGGGCCCAAAGCAACAGAUGAAGUAACUUUUGAUUUCGGGGAACCCGACCCAAGGGCAAGGGCCACAACGGCGAAUGAAUUUGCAUCUUGUGCAUACAGAAUCUUCCACGCCUUCGUCCCCGAUAAUUUCAUCAUGGUCGAUAGAAUGGGCAACGAAGAGACCAUUACAAUGUCGGACAGUAUCAGAAACACAACGAUACUAAGAACUAGAUAUGAACCUAUUCUUCAGGGAAUGAUGAGACAACGCGUCAACUUGGAAGGAUUUGGGCAGGAAAUCUUGACUAAAGUUUUUAAAAGUCCAGAAAGGGGGGACAUGGGCUUGGAUUUACUCGCUGCAGAUAUUCAAAGAGGACGAGAUCAUGGACUAAAUUCUUAUGUGAAAUAUUUGGAGUAUUGCGGAUACAAGAACAUCAAGACCUUUGAUGACUUGCGCGUAGUCCUUGAUUACAAGAUCAUUGCAAAAUUGAAGAAGGUCUAUAAAUGCGUCUAUGACAUUGAUUUGAUGGUCGGAGGUGCCCUGGAGAGCACGGAAGGCGCACUAAUUGGACCAACAUUCAAACGCAUCAUUUUGGAGCAAUUCCGUCAAUUCCGCGCUGGAGAUCGUUUCUUCUACGAUCGAACUGACGGAGUAAAUCCAUUCACAGAAGAGCAACUGGCGGAGAUCAAAAAGUUCACUGCAGCUCAUUUAUUCUGCGCCAACUCAAAUGUUGAGUCAGUUCCCGAAAGGAGCUUCAUAACGCCCCAAUCAGACAGAGAUUUUGUGCGAUGCGACACAGGUCUGGCCAGAAUUGAAUACGGAGCAUGGAGGGAAGACCGUUGA